UAUAGCAAGCCUUGAAGUUCAUUCUUUAGAGUACACAAAAUAUAUCAAAAUAAUCUCCUAAAUUCUUUCUACAACCACCCAAGUACUUUAGAAAAGUAUUUCGCAUGCAUUAAAUUUUCUUACUAUAUUUAUAUUGCACUUUCAUUCAUUUGGAAUCAACCCAACAAUAGUAAGUCUAUAAGAGCCCGGAACACAGUUUAGUGCCCCCCCGCCCACUCAAAGCCAAAGCCAUCGUUGAAGGCUUCAUCUUCUUCCCUCGCCGCCCUGCUUUGAAACGCCAACAUGACCAACUUAUCACUCGAUCCACUUCUCUCCUAUCUCUUUCUCCUCCUCAGCGUCUCCUCAACUCCGGCCGCCGCAUUCAACUUCAUCUUCCUCAACUGCGGCUCCUCAGAAUCAUCCACAGCCCCAGACGGCCGCAACUGGACAGGAGAAUCCACUUCAAGCAUUACCGUCACGCCGAACACGUUAAGCCUCCAGGCCAAAAUCCUAGACUCCUCCGUUCCAUACCUUCCCUACGGAACCGCGCGACUCUCAUCGUCCCCUUUCAGCUACUCCUUCCGUUUUCCCCCUGGCCGCAAGCUCAUCCGCCUCCAUUUAUACGCCGGUGACUACGGUAACUACUCCGCCGCCGAUGCUCUGUUCUCCGUCAAAUCCGGUCCUCACACCCUCCUUAACAACUUCAGCGCUUUGCAAACCUCCCAAGCCCUAGUCAUCUCCUACAUCGUCCGCGAGUAUUCAGUAAACUCCUCCUCUCCACUCCUCAACCUCACUUUCAUCCCCUCCACAUCGCACCCGUCCUCAUACGCCUUCAUCAAUGGCAUCGAAGUCGUCUCCUCGCCGGAUAUCUUCAACGGAAGCAUCCCUCUCAUCACCAAUAUCGAUAUGCCUCAGCCGUACACCGUUGAACCCGACUGGACUCUGGAGACGGUCUACCGACUCAACGUCGGUGGCAAUUUCAUCGGACCGAUGGAAGAUUCCGGCCUGUUUCGAAGUUGGGAGGACGACUCGAUCUACAUAUACGGCGCCGGAUUUGGCGUAACCUACGCCGCCGACAGCAACGUUUCAAUUCGGUAUCCGGCGAACCUGCCGGAAUUCAUAGCUCCGUUGCAGGUUUAUGCCACCGCCCGAUCAAUGGGUCCUUCCGCAACAAUCAAUUCGAACUAUAAUCUCACAUGGAUCCUACCCGUAGACUCCGGCUUCUAUUACUUACUAAGAUUUCAUUUUUGCGAGAUCCAAUAUCCCAUCACUCUUGUGAACCAGAGAGUGUUCAAUAUAUUCAUAUAUAACCAUACAGCCUUUGAAGGCUUCGAUGUUAUUGCAGAAUCCGGCGGCAUUGGAGUUCCUACCUACACAGAUUUUGUCGUUGCGAUUCCAAAGCAAGCAGAAUCUGACGAUAUGGUUGAUCUCUUCGUAGAGCUACACCCCGAUUUGUACGCCCAACCAGAGUACUGGGAUGCCAUCUUGAAUGGCCUUGAGGUCUUCAAAUUGGAAGCAGGUGGCGACACCCUUGCUGGGCCUAAUCCGAUGGUGUCAAUAACUCCAAGCAGAGAUCAAAAUACCAACGCAAUUACAAGAAUAAUCAAUUCAAAAAAAGUUAAAAUUCGAUCGAUUGUAGAAAUAGCCAUCGGUGUAGGUGGCCCUGUUGUGGCUCUUCUUGCAUUCGCCUUACUUUAUCUUCUCCAUUCGAAGAAGAAAAAAUCUCUUACAUCAGAUUCACCCCAUUCAGAUCAAUCGAACCUGAUCAGCUCCACCUAUUGCAGGCAGUUCUCGUUCGCAGAGCUUGUACAAGCUACCGACAGCUUCGACGACGCCCUGAUCAUCGGUUCAGGCGGAUUCGGAAAGGUCUAUCGCGGAACCAUCGACGGCGGGGCGAAAAUAAUUGCCAUCAAGCGCGGGGGGUCGCUUUCCGGUCAAGGGAUCGAUGAGUUUCGCAAUGAGAUCAAGACACUUUCAAAGCUGACGCACCAUCACCUCGUCUCUCUCCUCGGGUACUGCCAUGACAGCGCAGAGUUGAUCAUAGUCUAUGAGUACAUGCCGUUGGGAAAUUUAGGCGACCACCUUUACGGCAAGAAGAAGAAAGAGCUGAUUCCAUGGGUGCGACGGCUCGAGAUAUGCAUCGGCGCGGCCAAAGGGAUUCACUAUCUCCACACCGGAGCGAAGCCGGCGAUCAUCCACCGCGAUGUGAAAACGUCUAACAUAUUGCUGGAUGAGGAUUGGGUGGCCAAAAUAUCGGACUUUGGGCUGAGCAAAGACGGGCCGGAGGAUCUUGGGCUCAGCCAUGUGAGCUCAGCGGUGAGGGGGACGAUGGGGUAUCUGGAUCCGGAAUACAUUAUGCUGAUGCAGUUGACGGAGAAAUCGGACGUUUACGCCUUCGGGGUAGUGCUUCUGGAGGUCAUUUCGGGUCGGCCAGCGUUGGAUCCGGCGAACGCGGAGGAGGAGAAUUUGGUGGAUUGGAUUCGGCAGUGCCGGCGUGAGGGUGAUGUGGAGGUGAUAGUGGAUCCCGACUUGAGGGGAAGUGUGGGAGAACGUUGUUUCGAGAUAUUUAUGAGGACUGCAGAGAGCUGCGUGUUGGAUAAGAGGGUCGAGCGGCCGGCGAUGGGUAAUGUGUUAAGAGAUCUGGAGCUUGCUCUCCACUUGCAACUUAAGGAUUUUGCAGAGGAAGCCAUUAAUGAAGAAAAAGCAGCCGGUCACGAAGCUUAGCAUAUUGUUUAGUGCUUAAUCUUUCAAUGAGUAGAUCAAUAAUUCAAGAUUUUAUAUUAAAAAAAAUUAUUCAAAAUGUUAUAAUGCAAAAUAAAUUAAGAUGAGUUUCAACGUAUAAUGCAAAAUACAUUAAAUUAGCUUCAAUAAUAUCUGUAAUACUAUAUACAACAUUAAUCUUAACACAA